CUUAUCUUCUAACUCGUCUCGCAACUCAGUCUUUCAACUCGUCUCGCACAAUUGACCAGCGCGCCCUCGAUGGACCCUCCCAAUUUCGCUUGUUUCAAUAAGCUACCCAUCGAAGUAAGGCAGAAAAUAUGGAAGCUGCUUGCUCCAGAGCGAUUAUUUGAACUCUGUAUUGAAUAUGUUCCACGGAUAAAGAACCAGCAGACGGGCAUAUAUGAGCGCAACCCAGGGGCAGUUGUACUUCGAGGAAGAGUAUCUCUAUCUGCUAAUUACAAAAGUCUAUCUGCUGAUUGUGAUUUGUUGAACAGGACGGAGAGACAGACACUCAACUUCAAAUCGCAAAACGAGUUGUGCCUAGCAUUCCAACACUUGGUAUUUUUCUGGCCUGUAAAGAAU